UGACAAGAAAAACUGAUUUGCCAGCCGUCACUUGCAAAUUAUACCAAAUGCCAGACCGAAUUGUCAAGACAGCAGAUCAGGGUAUCGGGUCAUCAAAAAUGGCAGACGUACCGAUCGACUGUGAUUUCCCCGUUUGGGGAUUAUUACCAAAAAAAGAAACGGGAGUCGUAUCGUUUCUGAAUAAAUAUCCUGUUUACGAUGGCAGAGAUACGAUAAUAGCUAUUUUCGAUUCUGGCGUCGAUCCGGCGGCCGAAGGACUUAAGGUGACUAGUACUGGUGAAACGAAGGUCAUAGAAAGAUUUGACUGCAGCGGAUGCGGAGAUGUCGACACAAGCAAAACUGUUAAGGCAGUAGAUGGGUACAUCACUGGUGUUACUGGACGUAAACUAAAGAUACCAGAAACAUGGAACAAUCCGAAUGGGGAUUGGCAUGUAGGUGUUCUGCAUCCAUACAGCAUUUACCCGACAAAAGUCAAGGAGAGGAUCCAAGAGCACAGAAAAGAGCAUCUUUGGAAUGUUGGACACAAACCAGCACUGGCAGAGACCACCAAACAAUUUCAGGAUUAUGAAAGUGAGCUUUCAUCAAAGAGUCCAACAUUGACUCAAGAGGAGAAACUAAUGAAGGAAGAACUGGAAGCAAGAGUUGAAGUACUUCAAAAUGUUGAAAAGAAAUACUCUGACCCAGGUCCUACAUAUGACUGUGUAUUAUACCACGAUGGAGAGACGUGGAGAGCAUGCAUAGAUACAUCGGAAAGUGGUGAUUUAUCAACUGGGCCCAAUCUGGGAGAGUACAGUGUAACCCAUGAGCACACUCAUUUGACACCAAUUGACGAGAUGACUAUAAGCAUUAAUGUCCACGAUGAAGGCAAUACACUUGAAGUGGUUGGAAUGUGCUCUUCUCAUGGUACACAUGUAGCAGCGAUAGCAGCAGGAUAUGUUCCCGAGGAGCCUGAACGUAAUGGAGUAUCACCUGGUGCUAAAAUCAUAUCUCUAACAAUUGGUGACAGUAGAUUAGGUUCCAUGGAAACCGGUACAGCCCUCGUUAGAGCGUGUAUAAAGGUCAUGGAAUUAUCUAAGAAGAUGAAGAUAGAUGUCAUUAAUAUGAGUUAUGGAGAGCAUGCCCAUUGGUCUAAUGCGGGUCGAGUGGGUGAAAUAAUAUUGGAAGUAGUGAAUCGUUAUGGGGUAUCGUGGGUUGUGUCAGCUGGAAACCACGGACCGGCUUUAUGCACUGUGGGAGCUCCCCCUGAUAUAGCACAAUCUGUACUUAUUGGUGUGGGUGCGUACGUAUCUCCGGAGAUGAUGGCGGCGGCGUACUCCAUGCGGCAGCGCGUGUGCGGCGGCGCCUUCAGCUGGAGCUCGCGCGGGCCCGCCGCGGACGGAGCCCUGGGGCUCUCCGUGGCCGCUCCAGGAGGUGCCGUCGCGGCAGUCGCCAGAUUCACAUUAAGAAACUGUCAACUAAUGAACGGCACUUCAAUGGCGGCUCCUCAUGUUGCUGGGGCUGUAGCCACACUCAUAUCUGGUUUGAAGGCAAGGAAGUUACCGUAUUCGCCGUAUUCUAUAAAGAGAGGGCUGGAGAAUUCUGCAACCGUACUGAGUCACGUUGAGCCUUGGGCUCAAGGAUGCGGCCUUCUUAAUGUUGAAAAGGCCUUCGAUCUGCUCUCGACGUACUACGAUCAGCCCGAACGCGACGUGACAUUCAAUAUACAGUGCUGUUCGUACAACGGCAAAGGAAUAAUACUGAGACCGAAAUUAGACGAUCCGCCCGGAGACAUCGGCCUCACCGUCGAACCGCACUUCCUGCAGGACCACAAGGAUAUGGAGGACCGAGCCGUGAUCGGUCGUCAGAUCUCGUUCGGCGUCCGCCUGGCGCUGACGUGCGGCGCCAGCUGGGUGUCCGCGCCCGCACACCUCGACAUGAUGAACGCCACUCGGACCCUCACGCUGCGGGUCCAGACCUCCAGCCUGCCGCCCGGACCGCACUUCGCCAGCAUCGACGCAUACGACGUAUCUUGUAUCGAGAAAGGUCCGGUCUUCAGAAUACCUGUGACAGUAUUUCAACCGCAGCCGCUACCGGACUGUUCUUCGCCGACCGUUAUCGACGAGAAGGACGUGCUCUUCAAGUCUUCCACUAUUAAGAGACAUUUCCUUAUAGUACCACCGGAAGCCACAUGGGGCGUUUUGAAGAUGGCAACAGAAGACAAAGAGAUCGUUGGCCGGUUCCUGGUCCACGUCAUGCAACUGUUGCCGCGCAAAAGCUGCAAGAGUCAGGAGACGCAGAAGAUGCUCAGCGUCAGCAACGAAGUACCCACGCUUUUGCCGUUCGGAGUUGUUGGCGGCGUCACAAUAGAAAUAGCAAUAGCAAAAUACUGGGCCAACAUCGGUGAUCUGAGCCUGGACUACACGGUGGAGUUCCACGGUCUGAAGCCGGACUUCGGUCAGCGGCUGGUGAUGUCGGCCAGCGAGGGCGUGCGAUCCGUCACGCUGUCGGCGCACCGCCUGCUGGAAGUACAGCCCAAUGCCGUGCUCAAAUACUCUGAGCCGGUGGUCAGACCCACUGAAUCGAAAUUGACUCCGUUGACGUCUCGUGACGUCAUUCCGCCAAGCAGACAGAUCUAUCAGCUGAUAAACACAUACAAUUUCCAUCUUGCCAAGGCUACUGAGGUGUCUCCCACGGUGUCGCUGCUGUGCGACAUGCUGUACGAGUCGGAGUUCGAGUCGCAGAUGUGGAUGCUGUACAACAGCUGCAAGCAGCUCAUGGCCGUCGGGGACGCUUAUCCGUCCAAGUAUAAUGUGAAGUUGGAAAAGGGCGAUUACGUGUUGCGUCUGAACGUCCGUCACGAGAACAAGUCGUUGUUGGAGAAGCUGCAGGAGUUGCCCGUGGUGCUGCAGCAGCGGCUCCAACAGCCCAUCACCAUGGACUCCUACUGCUCCAGGAUCCAGGCGCUGACGGCCGGCAAGAAGUUCAGCACGGCGUCCCUGCCCAGCGGUAACCUCAUGCCCGUCUACUUCACAGCCGUGCCUUCCGACAAAAUAAGCCGUUUGAAUUUGACCGUCGGUCACACGUUCUCCGGUACGAUAUCGUUCGCUAAAGACGAGCUCGGUCGGAAAGUGGACACGUACGCGCUUCAGUACUUGGCCUGCGAGCCGCCCAAACGUAACGCCAACUCGAAGGAUAAGGAGAAGGGGAAGGCCCACGACGAUUAUAUGGACGCCGUCAAGGAGUUCACGGUUGGCUGGAUUGCUAAACUAGAAGGCGAUAAACUAGAACAAGUUUACGAAGAGCUGGUAGAGAAAUUUCCGGGUUACUUGGGAGCUCACGUCGCUUACUUGCACGCUAUCGAUUCGCCCACCGACCCUAAGAAAUUACCGCAUUCAAACGAAGAGCUGGAUGUGACGACGGCGUGGUGCGAACAACUCAUUGCGAUCUCAGAUAAGGUAAUAAAGGCAAUAGACCAAGAGAAGCUGUUAGCGUAUUUAGGAAUCAAGAACGAUACACGAACCGACGCACAGAAAAUUAAACAGGAUCAAGAGAAACAACGCGGCUAUUUAAUAGACGCGCUCUGCAGGAAGGGCACGGCGCUCUGCCGACUGUACGCGCUGGCCGAAAGCAAAUCGGCCAAGGAGAAGAUCGCGACAGCGCUCCAAGCGAACAUGACCGACCUCCUCAAGUACACCGAUCUCACUGAAGCCAAAGCAAUCAACUACGGCGUCUGGCAUUGCUUCACGUUCAAACACUGGGGCCGAGCGAUUAAGCUCCUCACGAAGAUCCAAGAGGACCGUCCCUCCAGGGAAGUCGAGGAGCGUCUAAUAGAAGCGUACCGGCAGCUGGGCUGGAACCACAUGGCCAGUUACACGGAGGCCACGCUGCCUAUUAAAUAUCCACUAGCGUAUCGACCUUUUUAGGAGAAGACCGGAAAACUCGG